AAGUGAUGGGGAAAACCAUUGUAGUCUUUGUGUUAGUAGCUUUAAUCUCUUGUUUUUACUCAGAAUUUGGCACUGCUACAGACACUUUGACAGCAUCAAAAUCCAUCAGAGACCCUGAAGUUAUAAUCUCCAAGAGUGAAGUUUUCAGGCUGGGAUUCUUCAGCUUUGCUAAUUCAAGCAAUCGUUAUGUAGGGAUAUUGUACAAUCAAAUCCCGGUACAAACUGUUGUAUGGGUAGCAAACAAAAACAAGCCCCUAAAAGACUUUUCUGGGAUUCUCGGGAUAUCAGACGAUGGAAAUCUCGUUGUUUUGAAUGGAAAAUCAGAGAUUAUUUGGUCAUCAAAUGUUACCGGUUUAGUCCCUAAUACAACUGCCCAGCUUUUAGAUAGUGGAAACCUUGUCCUCAACAAUGGCGAUGACAAUGGAGCAAGCUUGUGGGAGAGUUUUCAACACCCUUCAAAUGCCUUCAUUGAAACCAUGAAGAUCAGCACCGAUGUAAAAAAGGGUAAGAAAGUGCAGAUGAGAUCAUGGAAAGGCCCUGACGAUCCAUCUGAUGGUAACUUUUCUCUUGGUCUUGAACCUUUCAAUAUUCCAGAGAGCGUCGUUUGGAACAACAACCAGCUCUACUUUAGGACCGGCCCAUGGAAUGGUCGUAUCUUUAUUGGCUUGAUACGUAUGGAUAGUCUUUAUCUCGAGGGGUUUUAUGUUGAUGCAGAUGGUGAAGAGCAAACGUAUUAUUACACUUUUGAUUUAGAUAAUUAUUCUAUGGUGAAGUACUAUGAACUCGACCCAGAAGGGAGAUUUAUGGAACGCUAUUGGGAUGAUGGCAACGGGGAGUGGGUAAACGGAUACCCUAUUCUUUUUAACGACUGUGAUAUUUAUGGGAAAUGCGGUGCGUUUGGGGUCUGUGACUCAACGAAACGACCCAUUUGCAACUGUUUGAAGGGGUUUGAGCCUAAGAAUGUUGAGGAAUGGCGUCGAGGGAAUUGGAGUAGUGGGUGCGUUAGGACUACCCAUUUGCAGUGCCAAAGAGACGAUAACAAUGGCGGUGAAGCGGGACAAAAUGAUGGGUUUUUGAAGAUGGAAAUGAUGAAAGUGCCGGCAUUUCCCAACCGGUCAUCGAUAAUCUACGGCGGGUGUGAAGAUCGGUGCAUGAAGGACUGUUCGUGUGUGGCUUAUGCGUAUGAUGAUGGCAUCGGUUGCAUGUAUUGGAGUGGAGAUGUGAUUGAUGUGCAGAAAUGUCCAUUUGGGGGAGUGGAUCUUUACAUUCGUCUACCAUUGUCGGAGCUCUUUAAGGAUGUGUUAAUGUCGACCACGUGUUUGUUAAAUUGCGUUAAUGAUCUGAGACAAAAUCGAAAACAUCAAUUCAACUAUUCAAUCGAAGUUAAGCUCCAGCAGGAGUUACCACUAUUCAAAUUCGAAGAACUCGCCUCCGCAACCGACAACUUCCACCACAAGAAGAAGCUGGGCCAGGGCGGUUUCGGUCCAGUUUACAGGGGAACAGUGGCGGAUGGAAAGGAAAUAGCGGUGAAGAGAUUGUCGAAAUCUUCGGGGCAAGGGUUGGAAGAGUUCAUGAACGAAGUGGUGGUGAUUUCUAAGCUCCAACAUCGGAAUCUGGUUAGAUUGCUUGGGUGCUGUGUAGAAGGAGAAGAGAAGAUGCUCGUGUACGAAUUCAUGCCCAACACAAGUUUGGAUGCUUCUCUUUGGGAUUGGGGAAAACGGUUCAGCAUAAUUGAAGGAAUCAGUCGAGGGCUGCUUUAUCUUCACAGAGAUUCGAGACUGAGGAUUAUACACAGAGAUCUAAAAGCAAGUAAUGUUUUACUUGACCAAGACCUAAUUCCUAAGAUUUCAGAUUUUGGGAUGGCCAGGAUUUUCGGAGGCAAUCAGAAUCAAGCUAACACCAGAAGGGUUGUUGGAACUUAUGGUUAUAUGUCUCCUGAGUAUGCAAUGCAAGGGCAAUUUUCGGAGAAAUCAGAUGUAUUCAGCUUUGGGGUUCUAUUACUAGAGAUUGUUAGUGGAAAAAAGAACACAAGCUUUUACAACAACGAGCAUCAUCUUAGCCUACUGGAAUAUGCAUGGAAAUUGUGGAGGGAAAACAACAUUUGGGGUUUAGUAGACAAGGUGGUUUCGGGUUCAGAGUCGGGUUUAGAGUACGAGAAAGAAAUAAGGAGAUGCAUACAUGUUGGAUUGCUAUGCGUUCAAGAAUUUGCUAAAGAUAGACCCAAUAUGUCAACUGUUGUUUUAAUGCUUAACAGUGAGAUUUUAGAUCUCAACAUUCCAAAACAACCUGCAUUCACUCAAACACCAACACCAACUAGCCAAGAUGUUGAAGAUAGGUUUUCACUCAAUAAUGUUACUCUUACGGAGUUUAAUGGCCGAUAA